GAAAGAAUAGAAAAUAUUCUCAGUAAUGGGUUCACAGAGGAAGAUUUUUCACAUGGAGAAUAUGGUAUAGGUCUUUACUUCUCACAAUAUCCUUCAAAAGCUGCACAGUUUUCAACACUUGGCAAAAUAUUGUAUGCAGAAGUGGCAAUAGGAAAUACUCAAACAGUCGUCAAAAAAGACAGAACUAGACACAGGCCAGAUACAGGCUAUGAUUCAAUAUUAACCCCAGGUCGACUGUUCAGUAACUCAAGAGGUGAUGACAAGACUAACCAUCUCUGCCAGGAAUAUGUUAUAUUCAAUGCUCAACAGGUUCUCCCAUUGUACCUAAUAGAAUACACAUGCUCUGAAGACUCAACCUGAUGUACCUAAUAGAAUACACAUGCUCUGAAGACGACUCAACCUGAGACUGGAUUACCACAUAAGCCUGCCUUUAUUAUAAACACCGGGUCAAUCAAUAAGUAGCAAAGAUA